UUGGCAACAAGUUUGGCCGCACCAGCCAACACAGUGCAGUUGAGCUAACAAACGGCUCUUUCUAGAAAUCUGCAGAGGGGAAUUGACUCGAAGUGGAUUCGUUCAUCACAGUGUAGCGGUCACUUUUCUCCUCUCGGGGUUUUGUGUUAUUUUUGGGAGGGAGGGUUUGGUUUUGGAGGACAAAUACUGUAAAGAUGAUUAGGACCAUGUUUCAGCAUGCGAAGAAGCAUCCAGGGUUAAUCCCUCUGUUCCUCUUCGUCGCCGCGGGGACCAUGGGGGCCUCGCUCUACCUGAUCCGUCUGGCGAGAGGGCCUCAUGUCGCCCUCUGGGACAAGAAGAACAACCCGGAACCCUGGAACAGGCUCGACCCAACCUACCAGUACAAGCUUGUGGCCAUCAGCACAGACUACAAGAAGCUGAAGAAGGAAGGGCCUGACUUCUGAAGGUGCUCCAGGGCCCGAGUUCGGCAGGAGCUCCCUAACUGUAACCAUUCCAACAACAAGUAUUAAAGAUUACUGCAUGCUCGUA